AUGGGACAGCCUGUAGUUCAGACCAUCCAUCGGGAUCCCGCCCUGUUUUGGUGGAUUCUGCUCCCCAUUACGGUGGUCAUGGUCUUGACAGGCAUCCUCCGUCAUUACGCAAUGACGCUCCUCCAGUCGACCCCGAAGAAACACGACCUCGCCAAGAUCCGGCAACAGCGCUCCCUCGUGCGCGGCGUCAACCUGCGCACGAAUGCCCAGGUCCUCUCGCCCGGAUCCUUCGCGACCCGUAAAGCCUACAUGGUGCAGGCCUACCAGGAAGGAAAGUUUUUGGCUGAGCCGGAGCUGAGGGGGAAACCCAGACCGAAUCCUAUGAGUGAUCCUGCGGCGAUGGAAGGCAUGAUGGGCAUGAUGAAGGGGCAGAUGACGAUGAUGAUCCCACAGACUCUGAUCAUGGGAUGGAUCAAUGCCUUCUUCUCUGGCUUUGUUAUCAUGAAACUACCCUUCCCGUUGACCCCACAAUUCAAGUCUAUGCUGCAAUCUGGAGUUGGCACGCGCGACCUGGACGUCAGAUGGGUGUCUAGUUUGUCAUGGUAUUUCCUGACUUUGUUCGGGCUCCAGCCCGUCUAUAACUUCAUUCUGGGGAACAACAAUGCUGCCAACCAAGUCUCUCAGCAGAUGGCCAUGGCCAACCCAGGUGCGGGCGGCAUGAUGGGUCCUGAGCAGGAUCCGGAUAAGCUAUUUCUCAACGAAGCCGAGAAUCUGGAGGUGCUAGAGCAUCGAUGGAUAUUGGAGGGUAUUGAGGACCGCCUUGUUGCCAAACUUGGAGCAUGA